AUGGUGGAAGCACUCAUUCAAUCGUCGAGCCCGCAACCCAUCUUGCCAACAGGAUCAGCAGUUCUUCCUUCAAGUGUGUAUCUACCGCAGAUUGUAGUCCAACAGCAACCGCUUCCGAUUCCCAUUCCUUCGUUCGAUGGGAAACCGGAAAAUUGGCCGAGAUUUCAGCAGGUGUUCUCGGACAUCAUAUCAAAAUCCAGAGACUCUGAUGCCGUCAAAUUGCAUCACCUCGAGAGGGCAAUUUCUGGCGGUUCCGCUGCCAAACUCAUCGAUCCAAAAACGCUUAGAGAAGGAAAUUUCGCCCACGCUUGGGAGCUACUGCUGGACGUAUACGAAGAUGAAAGGAAAGCAGUGGACUCUCACAUCCAUGGAUUGCUGAGCCUUAAACGCAUGCAUAAGGAAUGCUCCAAGCAAAUGAGGGAGCUUUUGAACGAAACAACUCGUCACGUCGAAGGUUUGAGGCUGCUGAAACAGGAUCUACAAGGCGUUUCUGAACGUUUUGUCGUCGUCGUUCUAUCUGAUGCUUUCGACACUGAGACAAGGAAACAGUGGGAAGCAACCAUUCCUCAUAAGCAGAUUCCCAAGUAUGAAGACACCAUUCAAUUUUUGAAGGAGCGAUGUUCUUUGCUUGAACGUUGCGAAUCCAGUCAUCCUAAGUCAACAUCAACCAAGAAUAUUAGUCAGAAAAUUACUUCAAAACUACCCCCAGCGAAAUCUUUUGCUACGAUUGCACCCGUUUCUAAUAGUAGUGCUAUUUGUGAGAUUUGUAGUGCGAGCCAUCCCAAUUAUAAGUGCGAUAAAUUUCUUGCUUUAACGGUACCCCAACGUAGAGUUAAGGUUCGUCGAUCGGAUAGCACUAUUCUACUAACGGCCAUGGUUGACGUCUUGGACAGCCAUGGAAAUCCCCAUCCCUGCCGUGCUUUCCUCGAUUGUGGUUCCCAACCAAAUUUAGUUUCCCGUUCCCUUGUUGAGUACUUGGAAAUAGAACAGAUACCAACUCAUGUUGAAGUAUUUGGUGCCACCGGUAAAAGAUCGGUGUUGAACAAAAAGGCAACACUUAGAUUACACUCGGUAAAAAUUUACCAAUCCUUAAGGAAACCCGUUUGGGAUUUUUGGAAUGUUGAAUCGGUCGAACUUGUUGAUGCUGUGUCCAAAGAAGAGCAAGAAUGUGAGCAAAUUUUCCGUUCAACCACAAUUCGUAACCACGAUGGCACCUAUACUGUUCAUCUGCCACUUAAGGAAGCCGUUAGCGAAUUACAAAAUAGUCGCUCAUUAGCUCUUAAACGUUUCCACAUUCUUGAGCAUCGUUUCAAGAAAAAUCCCGAUUUGAAAAAGGCUUAUACUGAUUUCAUUAAUGAAUACAAAUUGUUAUCCCAUUGCAAACAAGUUCUCGAAUCCGACGAUCUCCCUGGAAAACUUAUUCAUUAUUUGCCACACCACGCAAUUCUGAAACCAAGCAGUUCCACCACACGUUUGAGAGUUGUUUUUGAUGCUUCGGCUCGAGCAACUGGUCCAUCACUAAAUGACGUUAUGAUGAUUGGACCCACAGUUCAAGAUGAUCUUUUCUCCAUAAUUCUCAGAUUUAGAAAACAUCGUUUCGCAAUAACAGCUGAUAUUUCUAAAAUGUACCGAAGAAUCCGUGUUAAUGAAAAUCAUUCCAGCUUACAGCGAAUUUUCUGGAGGGAUAGUCCCGAUGACUCCUUACAAAUCCUUGAAUUGACAACCGUUACCUAUGGAACAUUUAGCGCCCCAUUUUUGGUCACCCGAACAUUAUUACAAUUAGCUAGAGAUGAAUAUCACCGUUUACCAUUAGCAUCUAAGGCAAUUGAAGAAGAUUGCUACGUAGAUGACGUGGUAUCUGGAGCAGAUACCAUUGAAAAGGCCAUUAAACUUCGUUGUGAUUUAACAAACUUGUUUGAUUCCGGUGGCUUCCCAGUGCAUAAAUGGUGUGCGAGUGAUUCCACUAUUCUUGAUACUGUUCCUGAAGAAGAUCGCGAAAAGUUUCUUGAAUUCGAAUCUUCUGAUAUAAACAAGGUUAUCAAAACUCUAGGGCUACUGUGGGACCCUGAAAACGAUAUUUUUCGUUUCCAUUGUGAUUUGAAACCAAUUUCGUCUAUACCAACCAAACGUAUUGUUCUUUCUGAGAUCUCCCGUCUGUUCGACCCUUUAGGGUUGGUGGCCCCGGUAAUAGUUCUGGCGAAGGAAAUUAUGCAGCGUUUAUGGAAAGAUGGAUUAGGAUGGGAUGAUCCAUUAGAAAACGAUAUAUUGCAGUCUUGGCUUUUAUUCAGAGAAUCAUUGAGUUAUGUAAACCAAAUUAAAAUUCCACGUUUCGUUGGACUAGAAUGCAUAGAAUAUUUUGAAGUGCACGGUUUUGCAGAUGCCUCCAAUCGCGCUUAA